AGUUGUGGAAAAGAUUUGUGUAAAGAAAGACCUCGAGAUGAAAUCUAUCACAGUGAAGGCAUAUCCAUACUACGAGUCACUGGGAACCGCCUUGUACAGCAAAGAACGCCCAACAUGGAAGAUGCCCGAGCCCUUCACAGAGCCUGUUCACCACGUUAUCUGGAAAUUCCUUGUGGAGAAGAAACUAUCAGAACACAUCAAUGAUCAGAUGCGUCCACACUUCUGCAGAGUGGAUUUGAAUGACCCUGAAGUGAAACUCAGCCCUGUGCCUGAGUUUUUGAGGCAGCAAGAUCUGACAGCAGAACAUGUAGAAAACUGGAUGAGUAAGGCCCAAGAGGCCUUCCGUCGCCUGAUGUCUCAGUACACGGCAUUCGAAUGUCAAGCAAAUACACCGGGAUGGACAGCUGCAGAGAAAGAUGUCCGUUCGGUGGUGAAGGAAGAUGCCAUCUUGGUGCUGGAUGCAUCCAAAGGGGUUCUGACUGUUGCUGGCCGAGCUGAUGAUAUAAAACGAAUCAGGGCUCCUGUGGAGAACAUUCUUCUGAAAGCCAUGAGUCACAUUGAACGACAGACAAACAGCAUCUCUGAGGAAAUGAUUCUGCCCCCUGCGAUGUUCUACAUCCUGAAGCUGGAGGGGCUCCAGAAAGCUGCUCUGGACAUUUCUCCUGAGAUGAAACUCUCUUAUGAUGAAGGCACCCAGAAGUUAACCAUUACAGGACUCAGUGCAGAGGUCUACAAGACUAAGUCAUGGAUCUUGGAGAGGAAUGUGAAUAUGAGUAAGAAACAACAGAAUGUCCCCCCAUGUCUUCUAGACUUUCUCAGAACAUUGGAUCCGAUGGACUUGUCCCAGGAUCUGUUCACAUCUCAAGGCAUCAGUGCAGUCUACACCAUCGACAACAAAGGGCUUCUCCUGUUUGGGAGUUCUGACAGAAUCCUUGCUGAUGCGGAAAGUAAGAUGAAGGCUGCUUUGGCUCAUCAGAUUGUAAAUGUGGAAGAUCCGGAAGUUCUAAAACUCCCUACCUGGAUGGACCUGAAACAAAACCUGCUGGAUACCUACAACUUAUCGAAGAAAAAAACUGUGGCCAUUCAGAUGCACCCAGAGAGAAAAAUAACAGUGGCUGGUUUUGUGAAUCCAGUGAAAGAGGUCAGCCAGAGUCUGAGGGUGUUUGUUGAGAACUACUCACGAGUUCAAGAAACCGUUCGUGUCCAAUCCUGUGCUGCUGUUCAGUUUAUUGAAAAGAAAAGAACAGAGGAAUGGUCCAGUAUUGCCAAAGAUAAUAAUGUUUCAGUAAGUUUUCAUGUACAGAGGCCAAGAAUCAGCUUUGCUGGAGCUCGUCUUCAUGUCCAGAAAACCAAAUCCUGCUUUAGGGAACUGGCCAGUGCUCUCUUCACUGACACCUUAACUGUGGACAAGCCAGGAGCAAAGAAAUACUUCCAAACCCAAGGAAGCAUUUUCCUGUCUACAAUAAUGAAUGAGUUAAGAUGUGUUAUUCUCCUUCGUCCAGAGAUUGAUGAAGAAGAAGAAGAAGAAGAAGAAGAAGCAGAGAAUUAUGGAGGAGAAACUACCCUGUGCAGAGUGCAGACCAACAGUGGAGUUCUGAUUUCUGUCAGUAAGGUGGACAUCUGCAGCUUUGGUGUGGACGCUGUGGUCAAUGCAGCUAAUGAGGACUUAGACCACAUUGGUGGCCUGGCUCUGGCACUGCUAAGGGCUGCAGGACCACAGCUGCAGAGAGAAAGCAGCGACUACGUCGCUAAAAAUGGACGUCUGCGUCCUGGUGACGCCAUCAUAACAGAUGCCUACAACCUGCCUUGCAAACAUGUUGUCCAUGCAGUUGGUCCACGAUUCUCUGACUUUGACAGGAAGACAGCAGUGUCACGCCUGAAGACUGCCGUUAGAGAAAGUCUGAGACAAGCAGAGAUGGCCAACUGCUCCAGCGUUGCACUGCCAGCGAUCAGCUCGGGCAUCUUUGGUUUCCCUGUUGACCUCUGUGCUGAGACCAUAGCCCAGGCAGUUCGGGAGCACUGUGACAGCCCACAAGGUCUGAGAUCAUUAACUGAGAUUCACCUGGUGGACAACAAUGAUAGCACCAUCAGAGUCAUGGCUACAGCUGUGAGCAAGGAGUUCUCUGACCUCAGACCCAUGACCAUCCCACAGCAAGCAGGCGGGAAACGAACAGGAGCUUCAGGUGGAUAUCACCGAGGUCGAGGCAAACGAGGUCAGAGCCAGUCACAUGGUGCCAGUUGGUCUGAAACAGGAGGAAGAGGAGGAAGAGGAGGAAGAGGAGGAGGACGAGGAGGAGGACGAGGAGGAAGAGGUGAAUCUUGGGGAAAUCAUCAGGGUAACAGGGGAAGCCAAAGUCCCAAGCAACACACCAGCCACGGAGAGCACGGAGGGUUGGAGCAGACCACGGCUGAGGGAUUGAAGAUCAUUCUGUGCAGGGGAAACAUUGAGGACCAGACUACUGACGUCAUCGUCAACACCAUCUCAGAGGACAUGAACCUGAGGCAGGGAGCUGUGUCCAAAGCCAUCCUGUCAGCAGCUGGAAGCAGUCUGCAGGACGCCAUCUACUCUGAAGCCAGAAGGGACACACUGCAAGACGGGGAAGUCGUCGUCACUGACAGCUACAACCUCACAUGUCUCAAAGUCUUUCAUGCUGUUUGUCCAUCCUGGGACAACGGAGGCGGCCAGGCAGAGGAGGAGUUAACGUCCAUCAUCAGAUACUGUCUGGUGGAGGCUGAGAAACGUCAGAUGGCAUCGUUGUCCUUCCCAGCCAUCGGGACAGGAAACCUGAGCUUCCCCAGAGCCCUGGUGUCCAAACUCCUGCUGAGGGAGAUCCGCUCGUACAGCAGCAGCAGAAACCCUCGCUGUCUGAGAGAGGUGGUCAUCGUCGUUCACCCCAGUGACAGCCAAACCGUGGAUUGUUUCUCCAGGGAGUUCACUGGUCAGGGUGCUGCAAGGAACAUGCAGCAUGAAGCACGUGAUUUUAGUGAGUUACCAGGCAAGUUACCAGCUCAUCAAUCCGCCAGCCAAUCACAACACUCCUCAGCCUCCUUCGGUCCAGUCCUGUCCACCUCCCUCGGUGUGUACCAGAUGCAGAUGGGUCAGCUCACCCUUGAGGUGUCAUCUGGUGACAUCACCAAAGACACGAGUGAUGUCAUUGUCAACUCCUCGAAUAAAACCUUUAACCUUAAAGCAGGAGUCUCCAGGGCGAUCUUGGAAGGCGCUGGAAUAGCAGUUGAGCUGGAGUGUGCUCAGAUUGUGAGUUCAUUGGCUCAGCCUCGUGCAAUGAUCCUGACAUCAGCCGGGCAGCUGCCCAGCGGGAACAUCAUUCACAUCAUCGGCCAGAACGACCCUGAAAACAUUAAAGACAUGGUUUACUCGGUGCUGAAGGUCUGCGAGGAGAACAAGUUCAGCUCUGUGGCCUUCCCAGCCCUGGGAACAGGUCAGGGAGGGGUCAGCCCUUCAGCGGUGGCUGAUGCCAUGGUGGAUGCAGUGGUGGAGUUUGUGAGGAAGAAACAGCCGAGGUUUGUUCAGAGUGUGAAGAUCCUGAUCUUCCAGACGGUCAUGCUGAACCACUUCCACAUGAGCAUGAAGAAGAGACAGGGAGAGACGGUGGAGGAGAAGAGUGUCUUUGACAAAUUCAAAGCAAAAUUUCGUCAAGUCGCUUCAGUUCUGGGAUUCGGGUCAGAAGAGUCCAGCCCUGUUGACUUAGUUCUGGAGAGGGAAGAGUUUGAGCCCACAGUGUUUCAGCUGUGUGCCGACGACAACAAGGCUCUGAGUCAGGCCAAGAAAAGGAUUAAUGACCUGAUUGUUGCUGAGCAGGCACAGAAAACCAUCUCUGACCCGUUCAUUAGUCAGCUGUCACAGGCUGACAUGGAGGAGCUGAAGGCUCUGCAGAGGAAACUGACGGUCAGCAUCCGUCUGGACAAAGGAGCAGAAGACCAGGACCCCGAGAUCCACCUGGAGGGUCUGACCAGAGACGUGUUCACUGCUGAGUCUGCACUUAGGGACAUCAUCCGAAAGGUGGAGAGGGCGGAGAACUCAAAGAGACAGGCUUUGUUAGUGAGCAGCCUGGUAGAGUGGCAGUUUAUAGGCCGCAGUGGUUCAAUGGUGCCGUUUGACAUUUACACCAACCUCAAACUGGAGGAGGCGCUAGAGAAGAAACAAAAGGUGACGAUCAAGAUCAAUGAUGAAAUGUACACCGCUGAUCCAGGACCUUCCGUUGGAACGCGUGCAGCCAUCACUGCGUUGCAUAAAAAUGGCUUCGCAGGCAAGAAUAUUGUGGCUACUAAGACUGCACCUAAAUCAACAAUUUAUAGGAUCAUCAAGAACUUCAAGGAAAGAGGUUCAAUUCUUGUUAAGAAGGCUUCAGGGCAUCCAAGAAAGUCCAGCAAGCGCCAGGAUCGUCUCCUAAAGAGGAUUCAGCUGUGGGAUCAGAGUGCCACCGGUGCAGAGCUUGCUCAGGAAUGGCAGCAGGCAGGUGUGAGCACAUCUGCACGCACAGUGAGGCGAAGACUUUUGGAAGAUGGCCUGGUGUCAAGAAGGGCAGCAAAGAAGCCACUUCUCUCCAAAAAACCCAUCAGGGACAAAUUGAUCUUCUGCAGAAAGUAUGGUGAGUGGGCUGCUGAGGACUGGGGCAAAGUCAUUGCUGAUUGUUUGGGGCAUCUAGAAAAAGACUUGUCUGGAGAAGAAAAGGAUUUGGCCCAGAAGUUGAUUGAGAGCAUGCCCAGUCGAAUUGCAGAGGUCCUGAAAAAGAAGGGCCAACACUCCCUUCCAAUGAUUUUUACAGAUGACAGCGCUCUGCCUUCUUGCUGGGAGGACAUGAAAGGAGACCUUGUGAAGUUGUUUGCUCUGACUCCAGGAGCUCAGGAAUACAACGAUGUGGAGCAGGAACUGACAAAGGCCGGACUUUAUCUUAACAUCAUCAGCAUUGAACGUGUGCAAAAUCCAGCACUGUGGCAGAACUACCAGAUCCUGAAGAAACAAAUGGAGACAAAGAAUAAACACACAAACAACGAACGUCGUCUGUUUCACGGCACCACUGACACCUCCAUCCAUCUGAUCAACAGCAAAGGCUUCAACCGCAGCUACGCAGGAAAAAAUGGUGCGAUGUACGGCAACGGCUCUUACUUUGCUGUGGACCCAAGCUAUUCAGCAGGAAACUACGCCACGCCCGACACCAAUGGACACAAGCGCAUGUACCAGGCCAGAGUUCUAGUUGGAGACUACGCCCAAGGACGAAAAGGCAUGAUCACCCCUCCUCCCAAAUCUGGGAGUGCCUCAGACCUGUAUGACAGCGUCACAAAUAACACUGCUAAACCAACCAUGUUUGUGGUCUUCAAUGAUAUCCAGGCCUACCCAGAAUACCUAAUUACAUUUACAUGAAGUGCCAUACUCCCACUGUGCAACACGUCUCAGGAAAAAAAAAAGACCUGUAAUAUAUGUUGAGUUCAAAUUCAGUCAGCAAAAAACAUUUCAAAUAAUAUAAAAAGACUCUUUGAAAAGGCUUUUGUUAUUCUAGUUUAUCCUCUGUCAGAUUUCACAUUGUAUUUUAAAUCUGUUCAAAGGGUUUUUAAAGAAACAUUAAAGUAGCACUCCAACAAA